CAAGCGAUAUCUCCACAUGGCGAGCACGCGGAGUCAGCUGAUCGGUCAGGCGCAGGCGCGAUAGGAUUUAUUUAAGGAGAAAUUCGUCGAGUAUCUGAACUAUUCUACCCUCAGAUCAAGAUGAACACUCUCAUUGUGGUAGCUAGCUUGUGUGUGGCAGCCUUCGCCUCGCCAAUCCUGAACAAGGAUUUGGACGGUGACUGGGUCCUGUACAAGCAGACCCACAAAAAGACCUACAGUCAGGACGAGGAGCAGAUGAGACGUCUGAUCUGGGAAGACAACGUGAACUACAUCCAGAAACACAACCUGGCGGCGGACCGCGGAGAACACACCUACUGGCUGGGACAGAACGAGUACGCCGAUAUGACCAUUUUUGAAUUCCGUGCCAUCAUGAACGGAUACAAAAUGUCCGCCAACAGAACAAAAGGCGACCUCUACAUGUCUCCAAGCAACAUCGGUGAUCUCCCCGACUCCGUUGACUGGAGGAAAGAGGGCUACGUCACCGACAUCAAAAAUCAGGGUCACUGCGGCUCUUGCUGGUCCUUCUCAGCCACUGGUUCACUUGAAGGUCAACAUUUCAAGGCCAGCAAGAAACUUGUGUCCCUCUCAGAACAGAAUCUCGUUGAUUGCUCCCAGAGAGAAGGUAAUCAUGGAUGCCAGGGCGGUCUAAUGGACAACGCCUUCAGAUACAUCGAGUCCAACAAAGGAAUCGACACUGAGGAGUCCUACCCCUACACAGCCAAGAACGGAUUCUGCCACUUCAAAAAGGAAAACGUCGGCGCCACUGACACCGGAUACGUAGACAUCCCCCAUAUGCAAGAGGACAAACUCCAAGAAGCCGUCGCCACCGUAGGUCCAAUUUCUGUCGCCAUCGACGCCGGCCACAAGUCGUUCCAGCUUUACAGGGAGGGAGUGUACAGCGAGCCAGCAUGCAGCUCCUCCAAACUCGACCACGGUGUGCUCGCCGUAGGCUACGGAACUGAAAGCGGCGAUGACUAUUGGCUGGUUAAAAAUAGCUGGGGUACAUCCUGGGGAAUGCAGGGAUACGUCAUGAUGGCCAGGAACAAGCAUAACAUGUGCGGUAUCGCUACACAGGCUAGCUACCCCAAGGUCUAGACUCCGCCCAAUUAAAACCCGCCAAAUUAUUGGACCACGCCUACUUCAAGGGCGUGACCAAUCAUUUCAUUCUCUCCUCCACAUUUCUCUUUCGUCAUCAUAUAUGUAUUUGUUUGUUUAUUUUGGACUUUUUAUAUUUCAAUAAAAUUAAAACAAACAAA